UCAGUAUGAUGUUGAGCACAGACCAACACCAACCCAUCUAAUGGUUGUCCUGUUGACAAAGCGCAAGCUAACUUCUCUGCCUUGAACUGAAGUAAGGGGGACACGACUCGGGACCAAAACAAGGUUAUUUGGAGAGUGAUGCACUGUUGAUUGGAAAAGUGGAGACUAUGGACGCAUCAGAUGGCCAUGAAAAUGCUCUAUCUGCCAAGAAGAGUGGAAAAACCUCAUUGCUGGACAGCGGGGAGGACUUUGAGGUUUUAGAUGAAGAAGACAUCGAUGAUGACCCUCCUCCUUUGGAAGAUGCAGGGGGAGGGGAUGAGAAUGUAGCAGAUAAUACAGGAAAGAAAAAUGCAGAGGAAGAAUCUGAGGCUUCAGCACAAAUGGAUGAAUGGCUGGAUGUGUUGGGAAAUGACCAGCUUAAGAAGAAAGUCUUGGAGCCAGGGAAGGGGCGAGCUAGCCGACCUCAAAAAGGACAAGAUGUGGAAAUUAAUCUGAAAACACUUUUGAUGGAUGGAACCCUUGUUGAGGAGCAAAAUAAUCUGUCGUUUACUCUGGGGGACGGCGAUGUCAUUCAAGCACUGGAUCUGACUGUGCAGCUCAUGGAAAUGGGAGAGAAGGCGCUCAUUCACACUGAUGCAAAAUAUGCAUAUGGUGCCAGGGGAAGCCUUGAACCUGAGGUACCCCCUAACGCACAGCUAUCCUUAGAAGUGGAACUUGUGAAAGCUACUGACGCGCCAGACGUGGAGCUGAUGCCGCCGUCAGACAGAAUUGCACUGGCCAUCCGCAAGAGAGAGAGGGGCAAUGUUCACUAUCAGCGCACAGACUAUGCUUUUGCUGUCAACUCAUACAGCAUUGCCCUGCAGAUUACAGAGUCAAACUCCAAAGUUGACAUUAGUCCUGAGGAGGAGGAGGAAUUGCUGGAUGUCAAAGUCAAGUGUCUGAACAACAUGGCUGCCUCUCAGUUGAAGUUGGACCACUAUGAUGCGGCCCUUAAAUCUUGCGUUUCCGCUCUUGCGCACCAGCCAGACAACAUAAAAGCCCUUUUCCGCAUGGGCAAGGUUCUGGCUUUGCAAGGGGAAUACACUGAGGCCAUUCAAACCUUACGGAAAGCACUGAAGCUGGAACCAAGCAACAAGACAAUUCACGCAGAGCUCUCCAAGCUGGUGAAGAAGCACUCGGAGCAGAGGGGAGCAGAACAGGCCAUGUACAAGAAGAUGUUAGGAAAUCCUUCAAAAAGUGGCACAACAAAAUCCAGAGCCAAGUCUUCAUGGGGUCUCAGCUGGAAGUGGCUUUUUGGUGCGACUGCUGUGGCCAUUGGUGGAGUAGCUCUAUCUGUUGUCAUAGCGGCCAGAAACUGAAGUGAACCAGAAGAGUCAGACGCAGUGGGGAGAGCCUAAACACUGAAGCACAUCUGGCGACACCUUCACUCUCAGUGAAAGGAGGUGGAAAUGUCAGGUGGUGAAUCACCUCUUCACUGUCGCACUCUUUUCUCUACUAUGUUUGAGAACUGUAUGUGACAAUUAAUAAUAAUAAUUACAUAUGGGGAAAUGUGUUUCAAGCCUUGUAGAUGGAUAGGUUUGUGCAUCUAACCUUUGUUCCAGCUGUUUCUUGUUCUUGGUAGUUGGUGUGAGGAACUGCUUGUUUGAAAUAAUAAAAGAAAAAUGAGAACAUAUCAAGAUGGAAGAUAUUUUUACCACAUAGAAAAUAAAAUGGCAGUUAUGCUGAGAUAUAGUUGAACAGCAGUAGAUUGCUCUUGUAAAAUAUUUAUUACCCAAGUGAUGUGAUUUCAGUUUAUGGUACAGUGUUUCCUCUCAAACUGCUCCCUAUUAUCUGAGGUCCAUAAGAUAGCAAGAUAGUUUGUUGUGUGCUGGCCUGUUUACACUUUAUACAGAUUCUAUAUAUAAAUACAUUAGCUGACCAAAGUAAUCCAGACACACUUUCAAAGCAGUCCAAAACUGACUACCUUAUGCAGAUCAGCUUUUAUGCAGUUGAUUUUUGAUGAGGUAGUUUUCUGUUUCACUGUUCACUGACACUAUAAAGUCAAAAUAACCACCAAGCAACAUGUUUCAGUUAAAUAAGACAUAACAAUCUGCAGUCUUAUUGAACACUGACAGUGGCAUCAAAGUUGGAACAAAAAAAAUUAUUUUCAUCCUAGCUAGCUUAUUAAAGGCAUAUUUUGCUAGGAUUGUAACUGAAGGAAGAUUUAUUUAAUUUCAAUUUAAUAUUCUACUUUUCAAUUAUUAUGACCAAAUGUUCCUGACUCUGACCAUUAGUUUGCUUUUUUUUUGUUUUGUUUUUUUGUAAGUUAUUUACUGAUGUUGUUCAUUCCAAAACGGAAACGUGACCGCUAAAUGUGUGGUAUCCUUAGAGUAGAUGUCAGAACAACAGAGCCAAAAGCUGCACCAUGCCAACAAAAUAACUGUUUAGAUGAGUUCCUGGCAUUCUUUGCUUUUCUUAAUUUUUGUAUUGAUUACAAAUAAAUAUCUUAUAAAAGUA